UUUUUUUUUCUUAGUAGUGGGAGGAGAGAGAAAAUUGUGAGAGACUGAGAGUAAGAAAGAGAAAGAAAACCGGUCUGCAGAAAUACUGAGUUACACUGUACUGUUUCUCUGAUUCCUAUAACAGGACUUUAUAUUCAUGGGAGAUUGGAUUGUUGUGAAUCUACUACAAACAAGCUGAUUUUUCUUUUUUUUAAAGGGGGAUUGUAUUUAAAAAGACAUCCAAGAAUUAUCUGAGUGGGUGAUAUAUGUAUACAUUUUUUUUUAGUUUUUUUUUGAAGCAUAGAUGAUUUCCUUGUCAAUUUGGAAUUAACGAACGGUAUAAAGAAGUCCCAAAAUCACAUCAAUCAUCUGUAUUAUCUGGAAUAGUGGUUUCAGAAGACGAAAAGGCCUGGGGCACUACACCCUGUCACCGAGUUUCCUGCAUCAGAUAUAAAGAUUCCAGCUUCAUGGGCAAACGUUUGGAACAGCAGCCAAUGUACCCUCAGUACACAUACUACUAUCCUCAUUAUCUUCAAACCAAGCAGCCCUAUGCAUCAGCUACCCAUCCCAUGGCUCCCCCCAGCCCCAGCACUAACAGUAGUAACAACAGCAACAGUAGUGGGGAACAGUUGAGUAAAACAAAUCUGUAUAUACGAGGACUUCCUCCUGGCACCACCGACCAGGACCUCAUCAAGCUUUGUCAACCGUAUGGGAAAAUUGUAUCUACCAAGGCAAUUCUUGACAAAAACACAAACCAGUGCAAAGGCUAUGGAUUUGUAGAUUUUGACAGUCCAGCUGCAGCACAGAAAGCUGUUGCGUCUCUAAAAGCCAAUGGAGUGCAAGCUCAGAUGGCAAAGCAACAAGAGCAGGAUCCUACAAAUCUGUAUAUAUCAAACUUGCCAAUCUCUAUGGAUGAGCAAGAACUAGAAAAUAUGUUGAAGCCCUUUGGACACGUUAUUUCUACACGAAUAUUAAGAGAUGCCAAUGGAGUUAGCAGAGGAGUCGGAUUUGCAAGAAUGGAGUCUACUGAAAAAUGUGAAGUGGUUAUUCAACAUUUCAAUGGGAAAUAUUUAAAAACACCUCCAGGAGUGCCAGCACCACCAGAGCCUUUACUGUGUAAAUUUGCGGAUGGAGGACAAAAAAAGAGACAAAAUCAAAGUAAAUACACACAAAAUGGGAGGCCGUGGCCCAGAGAUGGAGAGGCUGGAAUGGCCCUGACAUAUGAUCCAACAGCUGCUAUGCAGAAUGGAUUUUAUUCUUCCCCGUAUAAUAUUGCAACAAACCGAAUGAUUCCACAGACAUCUAUUACACCAUUUAUUGCUGCUUCCCCUGUAUCUACUUAUCAGGUCCAGAGUACAUCAUGGAUGCCUCACCCAUCAUAUGUUAUGCAACCAACGGGUGCAGUCAUUACACCAACUAUGGACCACACUAUGUCAAUGCAGCAAGCCAGCAUGAUGGGUCCCUUAACUCAGCAGAUGAAUCACCUCUCUUUGGGUACCACUGGAACGUACAUGACGGCAGCUGCACCUAUGCAAGGGACCUAUAUUCCCCAGUAUACAUCUGUGCCUACAGCAGCUGUAUCAGUUGAAGGUGUUGUUGCAGAUACCUCGCCACAGUCAGUACCACCUCCAUCACAGGAAGCCAGUGGGCAACAGCAGCAGAUAACUGUAGAGGCAAACAAUGAACAUGCAUCUGCAUAUUCCUACCAACAAUCUAAACAAUAAACCAAACAGAAAAAUAAUGAUCUGAAAAUUUUGCCUUGAAUGGAGAAACUUCAAUCAACUCGAAGUUGGCUUCCACUUUGCACAGGCAUCAAACAUUUUUUUUUUUUUACCAUGACCCAACAAAAAAAAUAUGUGCUGUGCAAAAUCUAAAUCAGUUAUAUAAUUAGUUUUAUUUUUAUACUUUUUUUCUUAAUUAAUAAAAACCCUGAAAAAUAAAUGAUGGGUUUACAUUUUUUUCUGGACGAAUAUUUAAAUUCCUUGACAUCUGGUGUUGUAGAUAUGACAGACAUUCAAAAACAGUGAACCGAUGCCAAGAGGGAGCAGAAAAAGACUGCAACUAUUAUUGUCUUCCUCUAUAACUAAGCUACAUGGGUUUGUUUGUUUUCUAUUUGUUUACUUUUAGUGCUUUUUUUCCAUAGGAAUGAUUAUGUAAGAUUUAUCUUAAAUCUUAAAUGCCUUAAUUUUUAAGGACGUCAAUGAAAAUUUUAAGGAUGUCCAAGGAUUCCAGAGCAAGCUAUCAGCCACCUGAUAGAACACAAGGCAUGAGAAGUGACAAUUUAAUUGCGCCUGUUAAUGGGUGCUGAGGUUUAUUAGGUGGAAGAAUAAGAUGUACAGUUUCAGAUGACAAAUCCUUUCUUCUUUUGAAGAAAACUUUUGCUGAUAAAGAAACAAUGGGGUUUGCAAGAAUUCGAAACAUUUCUGGACUUUUAUGAACUUUAUCUUCUGUGUGAAUAUAAAUAAAUAUAGAUGGCUGUAGCUUUUUACAGUAGAUUAAUCUAAAUCAAAGAAACAAAAAGAAUUCAACUGCAUAAGAAAUAAUGCAGAUUUCUUUGUUGAAUGCUGUUUUUUUUUGUUUUUAUUUUACCGAGUGUGAUCUCUAGCGAUGGCAUUAGUGCUUUUUAUCUGCAUUCUUUUUUAUGAGCUUUAAGAGAUUUUUAGUCUGCUUUGCUUGUCAUAUUGCAAAAAAAAUUAAAAAAAAUAGCUUAAUAGCGUAAAAAAAUAGAUAUGAGUUUAUGGUCAAAAAAAGUGCAAAAAAAAAGCAAUAGAUAGAAGAAAUUGUUGACAAUUUCUGUAGUCUUUCCUAGUUGUGAUCAAAUGCAGCCUAUAGAUGGCCUAUUUUAUACCAAAGAUGAAGUGACAUCCUAACGCAGUUCCGGAGAUUGUUUUUUUUUUUUUUUUUAUUUGACCUACAUGGCCGGACCAAUUUUUACUUUCUUCUUUGUUGAAACUAUCUUCCACUGGUAUUCUACGUACUACAUAUUGUUUGUAAAGAAAUAUAAGAGUUGGUUAUGAACAUCACUGUUUUUGCAUAAAUGCGGCUGAUGGUUGUAGUAAUGAAAUACCAACUGUUAUUAGUGUAUUCAAUUUAAAGGUCUUUAUUAUGGUAUAACUUGAUCUUUUGUACAGUUAUGAGUCUUCCUUCUUUCAAACCAGACCUCCAAGUUGCCCAUUUUGUGCAGUUUAUAUGUAACAUCAACAUUUUUGGUUUACUUUUCUACCCCAAAUGUUUCCAUUCCGUUAAAAAUGUGACAAUCAUUACUUAACAUAAUAUACUAAUCUGAAAAUUGUCAGUAGUAUAAACCCAGUGCUGCAUGAUAUGAAAAAAAUACACACAGAAAUAGAUAAAAUAUUAAAACGUUGGUGAUACCUCUUUUUAACACAUUUUAUGAAUACAAAUUCUGAAUUAGAAAAUGAUAUGUAUGUAUAUAUCAUGUCUCAUUGCAAGCAUACAAAUGGGUUUAUUUGUCUUACAUUAAAUACAAGUCAUUUAUGAUUUAUAUUGUACAAAUUAUUUUUGAAUAUUCUGCAUGCUUCUAUUUCAAGAAUUAAAUUCAUUGGUCAAAUAUGAUUUUUUUUAUUGACCAUCACAGGUAAACCUCUUCAAUUUCAGAGCAAAUUAAGCUAAAUAAUAAAAAAUUCCUGUAUCUUUA